CUUCGGUGGGAAUUUUCCCUCCUUUUGACAUCCAAUCUCCAAACUUUUUCAUCUCACUAACCAAAGACCCUUUGGAGACAAAAAGGACGGGGGCAGCCGGUGUAAAAUUUAUGCCGGCAUGUUUUUAGCUGCAUUUCGAGUUCCAAGAUUGAAUUUUUAAGACUCCCAACAAACCUUUUUCUUUUUCUCUUUUUGGUUCGCUCUCAAUUUUACUUGCAUUUCAAGCUGCCCCACCUCACCACCUCAGAUCCAUGAUUAGGUAAACAUAUUGAAACAAGUGUUAAGUUUUUUCGUUUUCAUGAUGGUGGCCCUUGUGAAAGUGAUCUGCGAGCUCUUUUAAAGUUUUGAGUUGUGUUGCUCGCAUUCCCACAUUGUAAGCAGGAUAAGUUAUACUGUUGGAAAAUCGAAGGAAAAGUGGCAUCUUGCUACUAUUUUUUGUCCUCUUUUUUUUUUUUAGANGUGAGUCUUUUGGGUUCCAUCCAACUUUUUUUUUUCAUCUUAAUUGAGUAUUUUCCUGCUUCUUGGAAUCCGAUUCUCAAAAUUCAUCUGGCUUUCAAGAAACAGCUGUGGUUUGAGUUGAAUCUUUGGUGCUUUGGCCAAGAAUAUCCUGGCCCCUGGGCAGUGUUUGUGGGCUUCAAAGCUUGAUUUGUUUUAUGGCUUUGUGAUAAAGUUUACUCAUUUAUGUUGGGAAAUCAUUUUAUGGUGUUAUUAGAGUGCCCCUAUCAUACUUCAGGAAAAAGUCUUGGCAUUUGGUUGAGGUGCUCGUGUUAGCAGAUGAUACUUGGAUCAGGUUAGAAUAUGUCGAGGGUUUCCAAGUGGAAGCUUGAGAAGACUAAAGUGAAAGUUGUCUUUCGGCUCCAAUUUCACGCGACACAUAAUGCUCUAUGCUUGACAUUUCAGAUUCCACAGUCAGGAUGGGAUAAGUUGUUUAUAUCAUUCAUCCCUACUGAUUCCGGGAAGGCAACAGCCAAGACAACCAAAGCCAACGUAAGAAAUGGAACAUGUAAAUGGGCCGAUCCUAUUUAUGAAACCACAAGGCUUCUCCAAGAUUCUAAAAGCAAACAAUAUGACGAGAAGCUCUACAAAAUUGUCGUGGCCAUGGGAACUUCACGGGCUAGCAUCCUCGGGGAAGCUACCAUCAACCUUGCCGAUUAUGUUGAUGCUUUAAAGCCAUCUGCUGCAACAUUUCCUCUUCAUGGAUGCAAUUUCGGAACUAUAUUACAUAUAUCUAUCCAGCUUCUUACCUCGAAAACCGGAUUUAGAGAAUUUGAACAGCAGAGAGAACUCAGAGAAAAAGGAAUACAAUCUGGGCAAGACAGUCAUGCCCCUGGGAAAAUACCAUCACCCGGAUACGUCGCCAAUUAUCAGGACAAUAAGAUGAGCUCUCCACUCGAGGAGGAGGCAAACCCGACUGAGGAAACCGACUCAGCCACCGGAUUCGACGCCUCCUCCAAUACUUCCGGAAGUUUCUAUGCGGAGAGGAAUGAGACUCCCAGCACACACGAAAUCGACAACCUCAAUCAAAACAUAGAGAGAGUGGGUCCUGCUGGUGAGUCAUCUCUUUUCGACCUUAAGCUGGAAGUCAGCUCCCUGCAGAGCCUGGCUGACGAGCUCGGUGCCGAGACACAGAGGCUCUCACGGCAGCUGAUAACCGAACGAUCCUCAGCCGAACAACUUGCUCGAGAGGUCUCGAUUAUUAAAUCGGAGUGCCUUGAGUUCAGGGGCGAAAUAGUCAAGCUCCGAGAUUUAAAGUCCAGCCUCUGCACAAAUCGGACCACCGAUUUGCAGCUCCAGUUUCCAAAGGGAAUUGCCAUGGUGGAAAGCAAAAUCAGAGAUCUUCACAGCAAGACUCGUCUUUCCUCGAAUGGCAGUGACCCGAAGUUUAUUUGCUCGGAGCUGGAAGUUUUGCUCGAUUUUCUGCUCGGACUCAAGCUUGAAAAUGGUAAUGGGCUGGGCUUGGAUUUGUGUCAGCCCGAAAGCAUUCUCCCGAAUCCUGCAGACGAUAUCGAUGCAAUGAGAGGGCAGAUUCUCGAUCUCGUGCGUGAGCUGGACGAGUCGAGGGUCGAGAAGGAAGAUCUUAUCCGGAAAACGAAUCAGAUGGAGUGCUAUUACGAGGCGCUCGUACACGAGCUUGAGGAGAAUCAGAAGCGAUUGCUUGGCGAGCUGCAGCUCUUGAGGAACGAGCAUUCUGCCUGCCUCUACACUUUAUCGAUAGCCAAAACCGAGGUGGACUCGCUGAGUCAUGAUCUGAGUCAGCAGAUGGCGAGGUCGGCUGACGAGAGGCGAGAACUGGAGGCUCUCAAUGAGGAGCUCGAGAGACGAGCUGUUACUUCUGAAACUGCAUUGAAGCGGGCCCGCAUGAAUUACUCGAUUGCUGUGGAUAAAUUGCAGGAAGACCUCCGGCUGCUCUCUUCACAGGUCACGUCAAUGUUCGAGAUGAAUGAGAAUCUCAUCAAGAAUGCUUUGCCUGCGCGGGAUGUGAAGAGAUGUUCAGGUGGGGAUAUUAUUCUCUUGCGGGACCUGAGAAGAUCCAUGCGCGUGCAGGAAGAGCAUUACGAAAUAGUUGAGAGAGAACUUACGGAAAUGUACUCGGUUAAUUUGGAAUUGGAUUUGUUCUCUACGGCACUGGUGGAAUCCUUGCGUGAAGCUGAUAACAGCAUUAGAAUUGCGGAUGAUGAAUUGAAACUCUCGAUGGCUUCUCAGAACAAGUUGAUGAUGAACCUGCAGAAGGCUACAGAUGAUAUUUACGCGCUCAACGAGUACAAAUUGAGUAGCGUCUCUCGGUUUAAUGAUUUGGCCCUGCAGAAUAAACUAUUGGAAGAUAAAUUAGCGAGUGCUGCUGAGAAGAAUUAUCUUCUUGCUGAGAAGCUGAAGGAUUUGGAAAGAGGUAUGAUGGAAUACGAGAGUUACCGGAGCAUGUAUGCAGCUUGUUCGGCAGAGAAUGCGGAGCUCUCUCGUCAUUUGGAGCAGAAAGGAUCUGAAAUCGAGAAACUGGCUAAUGAAAUCUUAACUUUGAAGGAGAAGUUGAUGAACCUUAAAGUUGAGUCUGAUGAACUUGUCUCGUCCAAGAAAAAUCUAGAGGGAAGUAUCGAUUUCGUACGAGAAAAGUUGGCCAACCUGUUGGAAUCUUACGGCACGCAAUUUCAUUUCGUGGAUAAUUUUCAGAAUCUCGAUUCGGAGAGUGUAGAUGUGAAAGAUGCUGCCUUGCGGUUAGAGAAGAUCCAGCUUAGUGUGUACACAAGAUACUGUGAACUGCUGGAAGAGAAUCAGAUUCUGGAGAACGAGAGAGCCGUUGCUGACGUGUCAUUGAGCGCUUCCAGGUCAGAAAUUGUGAUGACGAAGGAAAAAUUCAAAAGCGACUUAGAGGACAUGGUGACUAGGCUAGACGUGUCCAAUGCCCUCGUGGGAAAACUUCAAGCCGAGCUCGAAUCAGUGGAUAGCAAACUCCGGCUGAGUUCCGAGAUUGAGGAGAAGCACAUUAGCCUGAACAAAGUGCUAAUGGCUGAUCUUGCUCUUUUGGAAGAUCAGAUGCUAGAAUUGACUUGUAAAAAUGGUCACCUUGUGGAUGAGGUCUCGAUCUUGGAUGCUCUUGCAGAGGAACAUGAAAGGAGUGAAUUAACCAUUUCUGAGUUAAUGCAUGAUAAGCAAGAACUUAGCAAGUCAUUACAGGAAAAGACUGAGGAAUCUACCAAGCUUUCGGGUGAAAUUAGUCAUCUGAAAGAAACUUCGAAAAUUUUGCACGAUGAGUUGUUCAUGGAAAAAGCCUGUAGAAAUGAACUUGAAGGAAGAGUUAGAGAUCUUUCUUUCCAGUUGAAUAAGGCUGAAGAUGAGUUGCUUAGUUUAGAACAGCAAAAAUCUGAACUCAUGCAUGUUAGGGAACUGGCAUCUGAACAUAUAUCCGAAAAAUCAAGACUCGCUCGUCUUCUUGAUCAGCAAAAUAUGCUAAUAGAAGACCUUAAGAGAAAUAAUUCCUACCAUGGUGUUCUCGAGAGUGAGUUAUUAGAGAUGCACGAGCACUUGGUUGCAACAGAUGUAAGACUUAUUUAUGUUGCAAACCAUUAUGAAGCCAUAAUCGAGGGACUCCUGCAGAAACUCGUGUCCUCAGGCAGCUGUCUUAUGGAACUUCAGAAAAAGUAUCACGAGACAGAAGCUAUGCUGAAUGAACAUCUUGAAGGUGAAACUAACUGGUCAGAAGAAAAACUCAACCUGUUGACAAGUCUGGAAGCUUCUGAAGCUCAAAACAGGAUUCUUUCAGAUUCAAACAAAGAGACACGGCAUCAGCUCGAGGAGUGCAGGAAUAAGCUAACGAUGAUGAUUGAUGCCGAGCAAGAAAUCUACGACUUGGCCAUCUCGAAUAAAGAAUUCGAAAUUUUAGUUACAGUACUCGAAAGCAAAAUUCGCGAACAGUUUGCUAAUAUAAAAUUGUUGGAAGGCUCCAAAGACCAGCUUUCGAUUAAGCUCUCUGAACAGGUUUUGAAGACAGAAGAAUUUAAGAAUCUUUCUACCCAUUUGAAAGAACUCAAAGACAAGGCCGAAGCCGAAUGUCUUCUGGUUUCUGGGAAAAGAGAAACGGAGGUGGGCCAGGUGGCACCUUCUCCCGGACAGGAUUCGUUACGAAUUGCAUUCAUGAAAGAACAAUACGAAACUCAGGCGCAAGAACUAAAGCAACAGGUUUCUAUAUUGAGAAAGCAUGGGGAGGAGAUGCUACUGAGGCUGCAGGAUGCAAUUGAUGAAAUCGAAAACAGGAAAAAAUCCGAGGCUGUGAAUGUGAAGAAAAACGAGGAGCUCUUGAUCAGGUUCUCUGCUUUAGAGGAAGACUUGCAGUCGGCCGUAAAGGAGAAAUGUGAGAAAACAAAUGCUUAUGACCGAACAAAGGCCGAGCUGGAAUGCGCGUUGCUUAGCCUGGAAUGCUGCAAGGAAGAAAAGGAAAAACUCGGGUCUUCUUUGCGGGAAUUCGAGGCAGAAAAAUCUCGACUUGCUAGUGAUCUCGAGUCGGUUAAGGCACAACUGGAGGAUUUGAAAUCUUCAAUGAGAUUGGUCAAUGGUGAAAAGGUAGAUUCAACUGAGCCAGGGCAGUUACGAAUCAUCCAGGAGGAUGCUGCCUUUGCAACGAACGACAAGAAUUUGGAUGUUUGUCACAACAAUUCGGGAGCCCAGAGACUGAGAUCUAGCAUGGAGCAUUUACACGAGGAGCUUGAGAAGAUGAAAAAUGAAAACAAAGCUGACUGCAUAAGCCGUGAUGUCGAUCCAGAUAUUCAAAUCCUGCAACAAGAAAUCAUGAAACUGCAUAAAGCAAAUGAAGAGCUCGGACAAAUGUUUCCCCCAUUCAAUGAAAUUUCUGCUGGUGACAAUGCCCUAGAAAGGGUGCUAGCAUUGGAAAUCGAGCUUGCUGAAGCCUUGAAGUCGAAGAGAAAAUCGAAAGUCGUAUUUCAGAGUUCUUUCCUGAAACAUCAUGGGGAUGAGGAAGCCAUUUUCAAGAGCUUUAGAGACAUAAACGAGCUCAUAAAAGAAACCUUGCAGCUCAAGGAAAGGCGAGCUGCCCUUGAGGCUGAGCUAAGGGACAUGCACGAUAGGUACUCUCAGCUCAGUCUCCAAUUUGCAGAGGUUGAAGGUGACAGGCAAAAGCUCAGGAUGACACUCAAGAAUGUUCGCUCAUCCAGGAAGCUUCCUGGAUGAAACCACUACAUAGACAGAGCUGGUUUCAUUCAUGCAUUGCCCUCAAUUUUGUAAAUAAUUGUUGCAGCAGGCCAGAAUUGUAGUGGUGAGUAACUGUUAUUAUAGAUUAUUGUCAUAGUUUAUACAAUUAUAUAUAUAGAUAUGUAUUAUCUGGACUCCAUUUUUUUUUUUCCUUCCUCUCUUGAUUGUAAUUAACUGAUGUAAACUGUAAAGCCAGUCAAUUAUUCCAAUAUUUAACCCUUGUUUUA